AGACGACUAAUGAAUAUAGCUGUCACACAACAGUGGCCAAUCCACUACCAGUGGCUGCACCAGCAAAAAUACCAAGGUUCUUGAGAGUGAUACGUUUCGGCGAUUUUUUUUUUUUUCAGGACCAGAAAGAUCUUAAACAGGAAUUGUUGCUCUUGUUCAACCAGUCACGGUGCCCACUCAAGUCGUACGCACAAACUAUAAUCUUGAACUACUGACUGAUAAAUAUUUAUAUUUGUCAUAAGAGCUGUUUCCAAUCUACAAAGAGCGUCUUCCAAUCUACUACCAGUGCCACGCUUCUUAUAUAUUUAUACGUUUUUAUAUACGCAUAUUUCUAUAUAUAUACGCAUAUCUUCAGGACCAAAAAGUUCUUAAACAGGAGUUUUGGCUCUUGUUCAACCAUUGCCCAAGACGUAUACCGUUUUCUGAUCUUAAACUUGGCUCUGAUUGGAAAGCUUUGAGAAUUUGGAGGAAUACUAAUAUUGCCCUAUCCGUUUCUAGUAUACGGACUAAGCCAACAGGACAUUUCUUCUUAUCUGAAUACUGUUGAGAGGGACAAUCUUCUUGUAAGGAAUACAUCUUGUCAGGAUAUUUGAUUGUUUUCAAAUCUCCUGUUAUCUUGUUGGCGCCUAACUUACAAUAACAGAUCAUUUGGAACAGAAAUUAUUUCGUUCUAAGUAUUAAUCAAAAUGGAACAAUCAUCACUGUUUAGUUGGUGAUGAAGAUGGUGACUAAUCCGCCUCUAAAAGGUGAAAACUUACAACGAUCGGCCGUGGAUUUAACUGCAUUACAAGAUUCAAGAUGUCAAAGACAAGUAUCCAGGACGUUCCUGACCUUCACGCGGCCAUCCGCAACGGUCAAUUCCAGGACAUUCGUUACAUGGUGACAACAGGGGAAGAUGUCAACAUCCAGGAUCCAGCAGAACAUCGGACGCCUCUAAUGCUGUGUGCUACGAUAGAACAGGAGGAUUGGGGAGUUGGCAUCGCUAGGCUUCUCCUCGCUAAUGGCGCCAUGGUGGGCCACUCAGAUCGACGCGGUCAGAACGCUCUCAUGACUGCGUGCAUCUACGGACGCGCAGAGCUCGUCAAGGUGUUCCUCAAGGCGGUUGACUAUGACCCUAACCAACGCGACCGAUACAGCAACACCGCGCUCUUCUACGCCGCGUCGAAGGGAAACGAAGCGGUCGUAGAGGCUCUUAUCGAAUCCUUGUUGCAUUUUAGGCUUCCAUUGGAUAAGCCAAAUAAGUGGGGAAUGACACCUCUGUUAGAGGCUUGUCGACAGGGUCACCAGAGAGUGGCACAGAUGCUUGAGGAUCAUGGUGCCUCCAUCGAAGUCAAAGAUUCUAUCCUACAUUGGGGACCGACUGACUGGCGACGUGAUCAUGAACAAAGGGUAAUUGAGGAAGCUCCCCGACGAAGGUCUUACGAUAAACCUUGGCUGCUGAAUAAAGACGCUUGGGCCCGCAAACGGACCGUUAGCCUGUCGACAUCACGCAAUGGCAGCGAUGGUUUACCAUCCAUCUCCAUCUCUAGGGCGAGUCACCUCAUGGAAGACGAUGUCUUCUUACCUCCCGCCAUCGUCGUAUCACUGACGAAAAGCGAAGAUGCCAUUAGUUCACCGAGGAAUUCUUUGCAAAGGGAAAAGAAGCUACCAUCGACAUCGACAAAACGCAGAAUGCUCUUCAAGCCUUGGGUCCAAGACCUUUCAAAAGGACAGGUCAUUACUGCCACUUUUGCACCAGCGCCAGCAACAUCUGAGACUCUGCAAAUGCAUUCUGCGCCACACUCUUCUUCUACCACCAGUCUUUCUCGCCAGCGAGGAAAGAAUCACAGGAACAUGCAGUCUGACCCUGGGCCAGACUACCAGCAGAGCCACUUCAAGCAGAUAUUCCAACGCUACGAGAUCCAGUCUUCCGAUUCCUUCCGUCAGUGCGCCAAAACUCCGGAGCACAUGAAAGUCCCUGAUAUCCAACCAAUCAUCGAACAAUUGACACCGCGUCAAACCCAUCAUGCUCAUGCGUCUGGGAAAUUGACGCGACAGCAGUCACGUUUAAACAUGAGUGGGAGCAGUCGACUGUCCAGCAGCAGUAGUAGUAUAGACCUGAAUGCUGGCAGGAAAUCGAAGGCCGGAGAUCUCCGAACGCGUGAUCGGGGGAGACCGUUUGAAGAUUCGGCGUCUUCGGUGAGUUCGGAAGAUAGUUCGGCGGCUCGGAUGAUGAUGAAUGCAUUCAGGAGAAGGAAAGAUCGAUGCUUUGUAGGAUGAAUGAAUACCACCCUCCUGAACAACAACCUCAUGACCAAGGAAUGAUAUAUAUAAACGCUCUUCAUUCUUCCACUGACGAGAGGUCGGUACACAAGACAAUGUCAACUGUGGCUCUGCGAGGCAAUCAGGAAUAGCGCCAUCACACGACGGUACAAUAAGCCGACGGCGACCAAAUCAACCCCCCCCCCCCCCCGACCUACGGAUAAUAACAUUUCAGAUACUCAUUCUGAACAAGUAUAUGUGUGUGUUAUAAAAAGAAAUAUUGAGAAAUAGACAGAAAAAAUCACAAACAACAUUGCUAUGUAGCAGUUGUUUGCUACCAAAGCAUAAUUUUUAACUAGAUGUGUCAUUAAAUUUUAUGUUGCAACUAGAUAUGUUGUUAAAAUCCUAAAUAUUAUUAUCCUGCCUAUCAUAAAUUAAUUUGACUAAUUAAAGAAAAAUCCUUGGACAGGGUGCAGGGAUGCGACUACGAUAUUUUUAAGAAUUAAAAAGGGGAAAACCGGUAUGGGAGAUGUACAUGAAGGAAGAGGACUGUAAAAAGAGAGAACUGGGUAGCUUUUAGUAUAAUUUCCUUUUUGGAAAAAGAAAAUUGUUACUAUCAGGUUGUCUUGCAUCCCCUACGAAUAUAAUCUUGUACCGCCUAGCCUAUAUAAAAUCACAUAAUAAAUACAUAAAUUGUUAAAAUUAUUGUAACAGAACAGUGAUAACUAUCGAAUUGCCUUUGGAAGGUUAAGAGCACUUUUAAUGGGUAUUGUUUUGAUAUAAGGAAGAAGGAAGCAAGUAACCUUCACUUUGUUUACAAACAAGGAUAAACAAUUUAGUCUUCAGAUUCAGAUUAAUUGAAAUGUCUCGUUUUUUAUCAGAACUGUGACGUCAUUUUCCCCCUCUCUGAACGCGGAAGUGGUUUUGGUCGGCCGAAAGCGCGACCGGAAUCUACAGGGGUUCGUUUCACAAGACAUUUUCCGAGUUUACGACUUCUUGAACAAGCCAAGUCUCAUUGCUACAAAUGCCUUGAACAAAACAUAGAGAUGAGCAUUGUAUGGAAAACUUAAAUUGUCAACUAACUGACGCAAUGGUGAGAUAUUUUAUAUUGCCAUUAUGUCGACUUAGCACCUUAUAAAACAAUGUCGACAUGGUAAAAGAGGUAACCUUUCGAGAUCUACUUGUACAUACAAAUGGUUGUCACGCUUUAAGCUUUGAUAUUUUGACGACCCUUGCAACCAUCCUAUCUAUUGUGCAACAGAAAAUACCAAUUGUUUAUUUGUGCAUGAUACAUUUGAUGAUUUAAAUACAAAUUAUUUGUUCAUUAUUCUUGAUGUCAAAGUUUAGAUAUGUAUUUUCUUGUUUUAUGAAAAAUUUUGCCCAAUUAAAAACCAAUGAAUUAAAUAAAAUGAAAUGAAAAGCUAUAGUCGUCAAAACGAGUCACUAUGACGUCGCCUCACUACGUAUCUCGCCAUGACGACUUAUAACUUUUUUUUUAUAAGUCGACUUAGCGAAAUGAUAUAUCCCGCCACGUCAACAUAGGCCUAUAGCUUUUUAUAAGUCGACUUUACAUGGAGUUGCAUCUCGCCAUGUCAACAUAGUCAUAAAGCUAUUAAGUCGACAUGGAAAGAUAAAAUAUCUCGCCAUGUCGACAUAAUAAUGCUAUUAAGUCGACAUGGGAAGAUAAACUAUUUCGUCAUGUUGACAUAAUAAGGCUAUUAAGUCGACAUGGAAAGAUAAAAUAUUUCGUCAUGUUGACAUAAUAAAAGCUAUUAAGUCGACAUGGAUAGAUAAAGUAUCUCGCCAUGUCGACAUAAUAAGGCUAUCAAGUCAACAUGGAAAGAUAAAAUAUCGCCAUCUCGUCAAGUAGAUGGCUUUACAAAGUUUCCAUAAAAUUGUUAUUAAAUAUGCAUAUCAAUGAGUAAAAGAAGUUUGAUGGUUUUGGAUUUGUGAAACACACUCCAUGAGAGGAGGAGGAGGAAAUACAUCGAUGCGAAGCCCAUCAACACCUUACACGUCCAUAUCAGUUUAAAGCUCGGGGGAAUGGACGUACGAAUAAUAAACCUGGAUGAGAACUAUAGGGGGAACCCCACUGUGACGAUGAUUUUUUUUUUUAAUGAUCUACCGAAACUAAAAUAUGAUUUUUUUAAAGAAAUGAAAGGUUUGCAAGAUGCUGAACGGUUGAUAGGGAAUCAGAAUGGGGGGGGGGGGGGGAGAGAGAGAGAUAGAUAGGUAAAUAGAUAGGUAAAUAUAUACAUGUAGAUAGGGUAGGUAGAUCAAUAGAUAUAUAGAUAGAUAGAUAGAGAGAUUGAAAGGGCCAGAGAGGGGAAAAUAAGAUUUCAUAUACAAAAGGACUUACAAAAGGGGGAAAAUUGGGGGUCACUCAGAUGAGGUAAUUUAAUUCAUUAAUUACCUUUUCAGUGAUUCCAUUCCCGACCGGAACUUGCGAUUCCCUUUCCUGAUGUAGACGUAGAGGGCAUAAUGAUCACAACCAUCAACUCUUCUUCGUUCUUAUUGCGUAACGUCAACUUUGGGAGAUUAGUUUUGAUAUUCGUUGAAAAUGAGCAGGAAUGGGACAUAAAUUUCUAUCGUAAUAUACUUCGAAACGACAAAUUUCUGAUAGUUUGAAACUUUUUGUAUUACUUUAUAAUACUCCAAGUGACUCC